CUCUUUACCACUCCUUUCUAUGAGGCAACUUUCCUCCGGACCACAAACCCGGCCCAACUCAUAGCCGCAAUCUUCCCGUUUGAGCAGACUGCCAUAUCAUUAAAAAGACAUUCACCCGAGGUUCAGAGCGACUCGCCAAAGGGAAAAUGGCCAUCAUCCCUGCGGUCCCCGGACUGGAAGUCACAAUCCGUCUCAACGGUAUCGAAGCAACUGAAUUCAUUGAUCCGGAUUCCUUCUACGUCUCGGACGACAGCCAGAACGAUACGAUCAUUACUGGCAGGGUUCUCGAAUAUAAUAGCACCGGAGUCUCUGUCCAUAUCAAGAUCACUGAUGAGUACGAAUGGGACCUCUCCGCCAACAGCCUCGACGUCGCCGUCUACAUGAACGGACGAUGGGCUAAGGGCACCACGUGUGGCAAGGCUGAUAUCCAGCACGGUGACUGGGAAUGUGAGAUGUCUUUGGUGGAUACUACCCACCAUAUUGGCAGUACUCAAGAGGAUUUCAAGUCUUCUCUCAUCGACUCAGCAGAGAAUAUUAAUGGAGCAAAGUACACGGGAGCCGUCGAAGGACUCGAGAAAUCCGACAUCAUUGAGGUCAAAGUCCAGAAAGCAGUUGGAGAGUCACACAACGACAACGUCCACGCCCAUUCUCCUCUCGCGGUCCCGUGCGGGUAUUCUAUUAUCACCUUUCUAUUCUCAUGCCUAACCAGAGAGGCUAUUAUGCGUAUGGGAAUCAUCCCGCGCCCUACCUACCCAAUCCGCAAAGAUCCUUAUAGCACCACUCCUGCUGCCCUACAGGGGCUCUCGCAGGAGGAGAUUGAAGCCCUAGCAUUAGAGAUGCUCCAGCAGUUCCUAACUCGAGCCCCAGAAGCAGGCAUCCGCUAUCAAUCACGAGAAAGAUCGUGUUGGGAGAGAAGAUCAUAAUCUCGAUACUACCCUACAGGAACACGUCACUCAGUACCACGGAGAAGACAACAAUGGCCUUUCUCUCGAGAAUAAGGGCAUCAAAGAG